AUGGAAGGAUCAAAAGCGAAAAUACCGCCAAGAGUGAGAGGCCGAGGAGGAAGAGGAAGAACACCAAUUUUGACUAGGAACGACCAUGAAGCCGGACCAUCACACCGGCGUACACCAUCCGCUUCUUACGGAUCAAGUCCUCACGAAGACUGGAGGACAUACAUUGAGCCUGCGAGGCACUCUGUCUCACUCAGCUUCUCUCCAUCCUAUCAUCAUUCCUUUGGGCCGCACCAGGAGGAUGAGCCCAAUGACUCUCAUCACUCUUACAUUCCUCUGCAACGAUCGGGUUCACAUCAUUCUUUCCAGAACUCGACACCUUAUUUUCAAAGCCAGUUCAACCCGAUGAACCGGAUAGAAGAACCAGAGGGACACAACCCUUUAGGACCGACUGAUCAUUUUCUGGAGUAUCAAAACAUGGAUGUGGACGAAGAUCCAGAUCCUGAGAUGCCACCAUCUGGGACGCCGACGCAUCCCAUUGAAAUAUCUAGCAGAUCAUCCUUCCAUGGUUCGCCUUACAGGGGCCCUGAUAUUUGGGCCGAAAGAUGGGCUUCAUACAAAUGGGAGUAUACUCCCCCUCACCGCAACUCGCCACCACACCAGCAGGUCCCUUCUGAGGACCCACAUUUUCAGGCGGUCACGCCACCGCCACCACCAGCGCCUGAGCAGCCACCGCCUCCCGAACCAUCGAGGCGACGAAGAACUGCACGGAUCAACAGCAACUACCCACCGCUCUACGAAGACCCGCAAAUGGGUGGGCCUUCAAAUGCAGUUUCUGAAGUCGACUCUGCACCAGUCGAACCAGCACCACAAAUGGGUUAUGAUAACCCAAUUCCUUCUUACCCAGGUUCAGCUGGGUACAACCCGUUCGAGCAGCAAGCUUAUUCAGGUUAUAACUACAACAAUGUCCCUACCAUUAACCUGUACUUCGAGGCAGCAAACUACAAUCCUCUCUACCCUGAACCCUUUCCAGCUACGUACCCAACUGGGUACCCUGCAUAUGGGUAUCAAUACCCACCGCCUCCUCAACCUCAGCAGCUGCAGUCGCCGCAGCCACCGCAAAUUCAACCACCGCAGCAGCAAGAAAUCCUCGAGAGGUUGCACGAGGUAGAACAAAGGGUAGACGAAGAGCGUAGAAGCCGCCGCGAUCUACUAAAGGGUUUGGCAAACCUUAUUAAGGGGAAGAAGAAGAGGGAUUAUUAG